GCUGCCUUGGGGUGUAGGGCAGGUGUUGGGGUGUCAUGGUGGGUAGGAGUAUUUCGGGGUGCUUUGGCCACCCAUGUGCUGCUCAGCGUGAUGCCGGGCAAGCGCAGAGGUAAGGAGCUUGCCACACAGGGGGCAGGCACCCAUGGGUGCGCAAGGGUGCAGGCGGUUCCAGGUGUGCGUCAGGCAGAGGCGGGUGUGCUGCCGCCGGCUGUGAGGCGCCGGGGUGUUGGCGCACGUGCGGCCGGGCAGGGCCAUGGCUGGGGGGUGUGCGGGGGUGACGCGCUUAGGGGGGCGGCUGCGGUUGUGCAGGUGCUGGGGGUCGUGCCUGUGUGGUCCCGGGGUGUGCGUGACGGUCAUCACCACCCAUCCAUGUGCCUGGGUGCAUGCAGGGUGCACCCUGGGGGCUGCAGAGGUGGGUGUGCACAACACGGUGAGUGUGCAGGGCAUGGAGGGCCAGGUAGCACCUCUGCUGGGGGGCUUUGCCGCCUGCCGGGUCAUGGGAGUGAGAAGGGCAUCUAUGAACCCCCCUAGGACAGGGGUUUGCUGGCUGGACUCUACUUGCCUGUCUCAGCAUUAAGGCUGUGGCAUCAGCCUCUGUGCCCAUGAGUCUGUGGUGGAUGGGGAAACUGAGGCACGGAGCCUCCCCAGCACAGUGGGCAAGGCUGGGUGUCCCUCCUCCCCCCACUCCCUUCUGGAGACCAGUACUCCCCCAGUGUGCGCUCUGAAAUGGGCAGCCUCACCUGAGGUUUGGGGGUGCAGGAGGCAAGCACACUGGCCCCAGGGAGUGCCAGUCUCAGUGGGUGCCGAUCCCAGUGGGUGCCAUCCCCGGCUGGUGGAGGUGAUGCCCCAUUCAGAGCAGGGAACCCCUCGCAUCACGGUGUCCCCAGAGCCAGGGAGGGGGCAGCUGGCGCAUGGCAGAGAGGUUGGUGCCGAGUGCACCGUGCCCGGGUGUCCCUGGUCAAUGGGUUUCUUGUGUAGGGUGCCUGUGCCAGCUGGGAUCCCGGCGGCCGUGGAAGCCGCAGCGGAGGCUCCUCUGCACCUGGGGAUGCGCUUAACCCUCUCCCAGCUGCUCCCCCCGUCGCAACCAUGGCCACAGUGGCGGGGGGGCAGACAGGCGGGGGCUGCUGCAAGAGGUUGCUGUGGGUCUGUCCUCUCUCACGCCGUGGCUGCGGAUGCGGCCAGAUGUUCUCCCCGGGGAGCCCGCGCCGGACAUCAGUGCUGGUGUCGGGUGCCAGCUCUGCCAGGGAAGGGGAGUGAGCCCCAGGGUGCUGGCGGCACCCCACAGCAGAGCCCGCGGGGACUAGCAGCUGAGCAGCGGGUGCGUUUGCCGAGCCAGAAGCUCCCCCCCGCAGUGCCCAUCGCCCUGGCAUCCUGCCUGUGGCCUCGGCUGGGGAGCGGAGAGCCGGAUGUCUCCUCUCCCUCCCUCCUUCCCUGCUUCCUGAGGGGGGAAACUGAGGCCUGGGAGAGUUUCCCAAAGCCGGGACGGGUUUCCAUGGAAAUGGGAGUGGGGGUCCAGGCUCCCAGCUGCCGGAGCGGGUGCCCGCUGCUGAACAAGGGAGAAAGCGGGACAUUGAUGGGAGCCCGGCCCCCUGGGCGCGCGUCCCAGCCCCGGCUGAAAAUAACCCCUCCCCGGAGCGCUCCUUGGGCAGCCGGCCGGGACCGAGCCCCGCGGCCGGACAGGGGUCCUCAGAAGCGGCUUCAGCCAGGGGGUGACUCCAGUCCUGUCUGCCGCCACCCUCCGCCCCGGCCCUGUUGCGUUGGGGAAGGGGAGGGCCGGCCAGGAGGAUCGAGAGCCGGACGGAAGAAGGGGGAGAGCCACAGCCCGCGUCCGGCUGACGGACGCCCCGAGAACCCCUGCCUGCUCGAGGGGCAUCUCUGCAGCCCGGAUGGCAGGGCUGCGGGUGCCCCUGCUGCGCUGAGCGGGCUCUGCCGCGGGACGCCGGCGCCCGGGAAGGGACAUCGGCGGUGCCAGGAGCCGGCGACGGGCAGCCAGGCAGGAUGCGACGCUUCCAAGCUUUGCGCCGAUCCUUCCCCUUCCUCACCCGCUUCCGCCUCUACCGACCCAGUGCCGAGGGCUGUAAUUGUGGUGACGCACCGAGGGAGUCGAGCGCAGGGGAUGAAGACAGCGGGGACCCGGGGGGAGAGGAGAGGAUGGAGCGGGCUGUGCUGCUGUGGGACCGGGAUGAGGGUCCCACUUCGCGCCCAGCUCACAGCAGCGAGGGGCAGAGACAUGCCUCUUCCCAGAAAGAGGCUGAGCUGUAGCAUGCAGGCGGAGGAGGGCACGGACUGGCUGCUGGAGCUGCUCACUGAGCUGCAGCUGCAGCAGUACUUCCUGCGCAUCCGGGAUGAGCUCAACGUCACCCGCCUCUCCCACUUCGAGUACGUCAAAAAUGAGGAUCUGGAGAAGAUUGGCAUGGGGCGCCCUGGCCAGCGGCGGCUGUGGGAGGCAGUGAAGCGGCGGAAAGCCAUGUGCAAGCGGAAAUCCUGGAUGAGCAAGGUGUUCAGCGGGAAGCGCCCUGAGUCAGAGCUGCCGCCCCAGCCCCAGAGCACUUUCCGCAAACCCCCCACACCACCGCCCCCUGAAGCCGGGGGCCAUCACUCCCUUACCUGCCUCGUACGGGAGCGGGACCUCUCCAUCUUUGAGAAGUUGGGCGACGGCUCCUUUGGCGUUGUACGUCGUGGCGAGUGGUGCACGCCUGCCGGCAAGACGCUGGAUGUGGCAGUGAAGUGUCUCAAGACGGAUGUGCUGAGCCAGCCGGAGGCACUGGAUGACUUCAUCCGGGAGGUGAAUGCCAUGCACUCUCUGGACCACAGGAACCUUAUCCGUCUCUAUGGCGUGGUGCUCUCCCACCCCAUGAAGAUGGUGACAGAGCUGGCCCCACUGGGCUCCCUCCUGGACCGCCUGCGGAAGAAUCAGGGUCAUUUCCUCAUCUCCACCCUCUGCCAGUAUGCCAUCCAGGUGGCCAAGGGCAUGGCCUACCUGGAGUCCAAGCGUUUCAUCCACCGUGACCUGGCUGCCCGCAACAUCCUGCUGGCCUCCAAUGAGCUGGUCAAGAUCGGGGACUUUGGGCUGAUGCGGGCCCUGCCCAAAAAUGAUGACCACUACGUGAUGCAGGAGCAUCGCAAGGUCCCCUUCGCCUGGUGUGCUCCUGAGAGCCUGAAGACACGCACCUUCUCCCAUGCCAGUGACACCUGGAUGUUUGGGGUGACUCUCUGGGAAAUGUUCACCUAUGGGCAGGAGCCUUGGAUUGGCCUCAAUGGCAGCCAGAUCCUGCACAAGAUAGACAAAGAGGGUGAGCGGCUGCCACGGCCUGAGGACUGUCCGCAGGACAUCUACAAUGUCAUGCUGCAGUGCUGGGCACACAAGCCUGAGGAUCGACCCACCUUUGUAGCCCUGCGGGACUUCUUGGUGGAGGCCCAGCCCACUGACAUGAGAGCACUGCAGGACUUCGAGGAGCCGGACAAGCUGCACAUCCAGAUGAACGACAUCAUCACAGUCAUCGAGGGCAGGGCUGAGAAUUACUGGUGGCGGGGUCAGAAUAAGCGGACCCUAAAAGUGGGCCAGUUCCCCCGAAACACGGUGACCUCGGUGGCAGGGUUGUCGGCGCACGACAUCAGCCAGCCGCUUAAAAACAGCUUCAUCCACACGGGCCAUGGAGACACCAACCCCCAGCAUUGCUGGGGGUUUCCUGAUAAAAUUGAUGAGCUGUACCUGGGAAAUCCCAUGGACCCUCCUGACAUUUUAGGUGUGGACCCGAGUGCUGCCAGACCCACCCAGCUUCCUGGCAGGGCUAAAAGGCAGCCACCUCCGCGCCCGCCUCAGCCUACCGUCCUGCUCACCAAGCCCUGCUACGACCCAGUCAGUGAGGAGGAGGAGGGUCUGCCAGGUGGUCUCCGGAAGCUCUGCCUGAAGAAGCCAGGCCCAGGCAAGGGUUUGCGACCAGUCAAGCCGUCGGCACGGGUUCCAGGCACCAAGGUGGGCGAGCGGCAGCCCAGCCGCCAGCUGACCAGUGAGGGGCCGGCAGGCAGCGAGGUGACCCUCAUCGAUUUUGGAGAGGAGGUGCCCCAAGGUAGCCCCUCACCAGUGGGGGAGCUGACAGCCCCAUCGUUGGCCAAGCUGGCCAUGGAGGCCUUCUCCUUGCUGGACAAGACCCCACCACAGAGCCCCACGCGGGCUCUACCCCGGCCCCUCCACCCUACGCCAGUGGUGGACUGGGACGCCCGCCCCUUACCUCCACCACCUGCCUAUGAUGACGUGGCGCAGGAUGAGGACGACUUCGAGGUCUGCUCCAUCACCAGCCCUCCGAGCCGGCGGGGCAAGACCAACUAUGGCUUUGUGGACGAGGGCGAGCGGGGACCAACGCUGGAGGACAACCUCUUCCUGCCCCCCAAGGAGAUGAAGCAGCCCAGCAUGACGCAGACCACAGAGCUCUUUGAGGAGCUGCAGCAGGAGUGCAUGAAGAGGCUUAAUGUCCCCCUGGGACCAGCUGCCCCCACAGACGACAAGCCCCAAAUCCCACCCCGUAUCCCUAUCCCGCCCCGGCCCGUACGCCGUAACGAGCCCGGGCGCUGGUCGGGGGAGCUCUCCCCAGCAUCAGGGGGUGAGGAGGACCGUCCGCCCCAGAUCCCACCCCGGGACCCCCUGUCGCAGCCCACCUCCCGGACACCCAGCCCCAUGGCCCUGCAGGUGGGGUCCCCCCCGCAGCGUGCCGCCCUCUGCUCUUGCCUCUCCACGUCGCCAGGGAAGCCCAUGCCCACCACGCAGAGCUUUGCCCUGGACCCCAAGUACGCCACCCCCAAGGUCAUCCAGGCACAGGGCAAGGACUGUUCCAAGGGACCCUGCAUCCUGCCCAUCGUGAAGGAUGGGCAGAAGGUCAGCAGCACCCACUACUACCUGUUGCCCGAGCGCCCUGCCUACCUGGACAAGUAUGAGAAGUUCUUCAAGGAGGCCAAAAGCCCCGAGGAGGUGCAGGCAUCCCGCCUGGUCACCACAGCUACCGUUCGUCCCAUGGUGCAGCAGCUGCCAACAGACUGCAAAGCCAACUUCUCCUCCAACAACAGCAAUCCUGGGCCCAAGUGCCUGGUGAAAGCCUCCUGCAGUCUCCAGAAGAUCAUCUACGAUGGGCCGGAUGGCUGCCGCCCUGCUGACAAGAUCCGGCUGGUGCAGGACACAGUGCACGGUGUGACCACCGAGGAGUGCCAGGCGGCCCUGCAGAACCAUGGCUGGAGCGUCCAACGGGCCAUCCAGUACCUGAAGGUGGAGCAGCUUUUUUGCCUGGGGCUGAAGUCCCGUGUUGAGUGCCACCGGGUGCUGGAGAUGUUCGACUGGAACCUGGCCCAGGCCAGCUCCCACCUCCUUGAUCCCUACAGCACCACCCGCCAGAAGCGGUGACAGUGGGGAUGGGGCGAGCUGUGUCAGAUCCGGAGCAGGCAUCUCACUGUGGGGCCACCCCGUGGUGCCCACCCUCACCUACACAACCUGCUGCUGGACUCCGGACUGAGCUGCCACUUGGGGGAUGGGGACACCCCGAAAGGGUGCCUGCUCAGCACCCGUGACUUGUCAGGGUGCCUGCACCUUGGCUUCAGUGAUGGGCUCCAUCCCCAUGCCCCUUGUUGAAUUGUUUUUGUAAAGAGAAAUGUAAUUUUAAUAUAUAUAUUAUGUAUAUAUAAAAAACUAUUCUAUGGA